CGGGGUCUGUGGCGGCGCAGUUUGCCCCGCGGUCCCCUUAUUUGGAUCUGCGGGAAUGUGGGCUGGAGCGGUCCUGCCGCGGUACCAGCCUCCAUCCUGCCCCCGGGACUGCCCCUGACCCAGGCGCGCCCACUGCUCGGUGGCAGGAGGGCCGGCGGAGCGCCAUGGCCUGCAUCCUGAAGAGAAAGUCUGUGAUUGCUGUGAGCUUCAUAGCAGCGUUCCUUUUCCUGCUGGUCGUGCGUCUUGUAAAUGAAGUGAAUUUCCCUUUGCUACUAAACUGCUUUGGACAACCUGGUACAAAGUGGAUACCAUUCUCCUACACAUACAGGCGGCCCCUUCGAACUCACUAUGGAUACAUAAAUGUGAAGACACAAGAGCCUUUGCAACUGGACUGUGACCUUUGUGCCAUAGUGUCAAACUCAGGUCAGAUGGUUGGCCAGAAGGUAGGAAAUGAGAUAGAUCGAUCCUCCUGCAUUUGGAGAAUGAACAAUGCCCCCACCAAGGGAUAUGAAGAAGACGUUGGCCACAUGACCAUGAUUCGAGUUGUGUCCCAUACCAGCGUUCCCCUUUUGCUAAAAAACCCUGAUUAUUUUUUCAAGGAAGCGAAUGCUACUAUUUAUGUUAUUUGGGGCCCUUUCCGCAAUAUGAGGAAAGAUGGCAAUGGCAUCGUUUACAACAUGUUGAAAAAGACAGUUGAUAUCUAUCCGAAUGCUCAAAUAUAUGUGACCACAGAGAAGCGCAUGAGUUACUGUGAUGGAGUUUUUAAGAAGGAAACUGGAAAAGACAGAGUCCAGUCUGGCUCGUAUCUCAGCACAGGGUGGUUUACCUUCAUUCUGGCCAUGGACGCUUGUUAUGGCAUUCACGUCUACGGGAUGAUAAAUGACACCUACUGCAAGACAGAAGGGUAUAGAAAAGUCCCCUACCAUUACUAUGAACAAGGAAGAGAUGAGUGUGAUGAAUAUUUUCUUCAUGAACAUGCCCCAUAUGGGGGUCAUAGGUUUAUCACUGAAAAGAAAGUGUUUGCUAAAUGGGCCAAGAAGCACAGGAUAAUAUUUACACAUCCAAACUGGACAUUGUCUUGAUAAUGGUUUUUCUGAUCUUGCCACAUCACUUAACGUGAUCCCCAUACUGCGACUGUGAUGCUGAUGAUGCUAAUGGAGAUGAUGGUAACGAUAAAGACAACAACAAUGAUUAUCAAGUUCCUGUACACUCUCAGAUGUGGAUGGUGACUCUGCUAGUAAUUCAAACUCAGCAUUUCAUGGAGGAUGGUUGUGCUCAUGAUGUUCUUUCUGGAGGUUCAACACUACAUACCGCACUUUAUAAUUUAACUGGAAUUGAGAUGAAGGCCAGUGACAUGACAACUGUGACCUAAGAAAUGGGAAGAUUAUCCUUCAAGAUAGCUGCCUAGAAUUGUUCAACAGUGAGUAACUUCCAAAAGCCAAAAGAGUUUGGCCUCAUGAGGCAAGGUGACUGACUCAAUGGCUUCUUGAAUCUCAGCAGCUCCGCCAUCUUGAAGAAUGAUUGAUUUUUCAAACACUGACCCAAGAACUGCUAUCAGGGUGCAAGUAUCUUACUAGUUAGCCUAAGGACGGGAAAAUAUCACUUCCUAAUAUGCCAUCUUUCAACAGUAUUUCCUACAGCUAAAGCCUCAGGCCACUGCCUAAUUAACAAUGAAGAUUUCAUGGACGUCCUACACUUCAGGAUUACUUGACUAUCCCAAACACAUAAAUCAAAAUGGGCUAAGUAGCAAAUCUUGAUGAAUUUCCACUCUUACCAUCCAUUCUUACUACAGACAAUAUAACUGAACAUGUGAUUAGAGUGACCUAUAUUAAUGUUUAGUUAUUUUUGGUUGAGUCCUAAAUAUUUCAGAAGGCUACUUAACAUGUAAGAUACCAACUUCAACACUGUAAUAACAUAUACUGUGAAAACAUUCCUAAAACAUAACCAAAGGGUUUACUAACUCUGCUUCAACAUCCAACAACACAAAACCGUAUGAUUUUUAAAAUCAUGAAACAGAGAAAGCAAAGCAUAUUUUUACAUCAAUUUGUAUCCUAUCAUACUUCAUAAUAUAUAUUUGUAUAUUCAAAUUGCUAUUUUAUAGGCCCAAGAUGUGUUUCUCUAAACAUUACAUUCUCAUUGCCAAGUGCCAACUGUUAGACAUGGAGAGGAAAUGAUUCCUUAUAUUAAACCUGACCAGAGGUUUUGCCUUGUAGGAAUUUAUUUUUCCCAUAGUGUGUCAGUUGUUAUGCCACAAUAACAACAAUAAUAAUGACCUUAAUGUCCAAGGUACUUUGUCAUUUACAGUCCUUUAACAUCUGUUAUACCAUGUGAUGCCCCUGAACGCCCCAUUGGGCUAUUGUCUGUGUAUUCUGCUAUCUCUUUAGCAGAUGAUCUGUAAUUUGGUCAUUGUUCUGUUAUAUUCCAGAUUGCUCUACUUGCCAAUAUUUGUAUAGAAUAGAAUUUAUGUAAACUAGUAACCAGUUGAUCUCUGUGCCAAAUACAUUAUAUCAGGAUUACACAAAAAUAUCACAAAGGAUGGUCUUGGCCAUAUGCUACGACCCCUGUGAAAAUAAGUAGUUUCGAGUAGUUUUUCUAUAUACAUAUAUAUAUGUGUGAUUCUAUUUAGGCGAGGAAAGAUGAAAAAGCAGGGACAACAGGAGGAAAUGAAGGCAGAGAAAUAUAGUUUCCUGUCCUAGGGUUGAGACAAUUCUAUUUUUCAUAUACUCAUUGCUCAUUAAAUAUUAAAGGGUUGAUUUGCUGAGAGAGUAGCUGAGAGUUCAAAAACAUCCUUGCAGAAUGAUUCAAAAGACAAAAGCCAGGCUCAACUUACAGAGUGUUUUGGAGACUGGAAGUAAUGAUACAUUUCACUUCAGAAGCACUUGUAGGUAUUUACUAGUGCUAAGUAUUAUGGUGAGCUAUCAUUAAAAUGUGCCGUCUUGGAUAAAGGCCUUUUGCCUGCUGUCUUCUGCCAUUUUGAUACCUCAAUAUUCACACCCAUAAAAAUUACUAAGCCCCAGUUCUAUCCUCGGAAGGAGUUGUUAUUCUGUUGUUGUUCCCUUAUGCAAUUUUUAAUUCUAUGAAUGUUAAGUUUUUUUGAACUAAUGAUAGAUAGAAAUGCCUACUGAAAGAAAAAUAAACAGAGACAAAUGUUAAAAUUGCCAUACAGACUGUUUUCCCCCUGUUGUUUCACCUUAAAAUAAAAAGAAAACCUUGAUUAAUCAGAAUGCCUUGGGAC